CACACAUACAUAGUGCGCACGUGUCGGGUUUGUCCUAACCUCAAAAUCGCCGGAAUUUGGUGUGAUCUGGUGCAAUUAGAUGCGAUAUUUAUGGAAACACAAAGAAGCAGAAACUAACAAAGACAUUUUGUGUAAAUAUUAAUCUUUGACAAUGGCGAUGCAAGUCCCGACCGACGUGGAUGUCGAUCAGAUUAAAUCUUUUCGAGACUUUUUAACCUCAUAUAAUAAGCUUUCUGAAAUUUGCUUUAUCGACUGCAUAUCUGACUUCACUACGCGAGAAAUCAGAGCCAAAGAAGAGAAAUGCGCCCUUAAUUGUAUGGAAAAAUAUUUGAAAAUGAACCAGAGGAUAUCUCAACGUUUUCAAGAGUUUCAAAUAACUGCCAAUGAAAAUAUUCUGGCAGCUAAAAGACAGGGUCAGAUAAAUUGAUUUAACUAGAAAAAAAUAUAAGAAAAAUGAUCUUGUUAUGAACAUCUAUCUUCUUUGUACUGUAAUAUCACAUACAUAAAAU